AUGAUCGUAAUUCGCAACAUAAAUCUUACCACAAGCUCGCCUGUUGCGUCUCUCCCGCGCCUUUUCCCCCGCCUCUCCCGCGGGACCCCCGCCGUCAUCAUCAUGGGGUCGAUGCGCGCCUCUCCUGCCGGCCUCCUGCUGCUCUCUCUCGCCCUCAUCGCCGCAGUUCAGAUGAUGAAGACAGCGUAUGGGGAUGACACGGUGAAAAGCAUGGCUCACCGCACGGCACACCGUAGCAUGCUGAAAACGACAGAUCCUGCCUGUGCGGCGUUGGGUUGUGAGCCUGCGGGUGGCACAUGUGAGGUGGAUGGAAACGGAAAGCGCUACUGCAAGUGGGACUCACCCUGUGGCGCCUGCCCCACUGGAGCUACCUGCAAGACCGUGCCUGCGAGCUCCAACAGUUCGGUGCAGGUGCCUUACUGCGCGUGCCCUAAAGGCUUUGGCAUGACCGCGACCAAGUGUGUUGCGGGUGGACGGCCCACUGUCUCUUCUUUCAGCUCCACUUUCAUCGCGAAUCGAUACGCCAAGGAUGCGUCUUCUCGGCCCUACACCUUCCGCGUCAACCUGGCUGGCUGCACUCAAUUCCCGGCCGCAGUGGUUGGAAAGGUCACCACAAUCUAUAUCGUUGACGGCAUCGGCGACGCUCCAAGCUGUCGCAGUUUCAAAAACUACGCAGCCGAUAACUGCAAAGGCGCCAGUGAAUCCGGAAACUCCGUCGGAACCCCUCACGCAGGUUAUGUAAUGGAUAUCCUGCCUUUGCCUCUCCGCUCGGUCCGGUGCAUUCGGUAG